AGGAUCCAGCAGAGGAAGAAGCUUGACCGGCUUAGCAAACAGGCUGUGGAGCAAGGACUGUUCAUCAGAACUGUUGUGGCUCAACAGUGAUAUCUGAUCAUGAGAUCCCGCUUCUAUACAUCUAAUGGCUCAGGUCGGUUUCCUCAGAGGCGAAGAGUGAGGGCUAUUUCCCAGAAGAGCAAUGUCCCUGGCCUCUGUCUGUAUACUAUCCUGUGCUUUGGCCUGGGCCUGGCCUUGGGCCUGGUCUUGGGCUUGGGCUUGGGCCUGGGUUUAAACCCAGGUUUUGGUUUAAGCCUUGGCCUGGGUCUGGGUACAGGCUUGAGCAUAAGAUUAGACAGGAGCCUUGACAUGCCCCAGAUGGCCUCCUUGGAUUCUGUGCACCAGAAGUCAACUGACAGUGUUGCCAUUGUUGAUCAUUCUGUGGGAUCUAUCAUGAAAGAAAUGGAUGAGAACAUCGGGCAGAUCUCAGAUAUAAGAGCAGUCAGUAAAUAUGAGUAUGACAAUUGGGAGGAUAUACAUGAAGUUGCUGGAGAUGAGAUAGUGAAAGAAGGAGCAGAAGAAGUUGGGCAAGAUAAUCAUCAGACCAAAGCAACCUGAGAAAAUCCUGCAGGAUGGCCACGGUCCAGUUAGGAGGAAUGAUGAGAAGAAGGAGAACAAAGAAAGAACCUGUGGUUCACUGUCUUUAAAGUUUUCAUUGAUUGGAAGGCCAUGGAAAUUUUAAUGUUGACAUCAGUGCAAAGUUCAUCACACUCAAAGUGGGAUCCAAAGACAACCGCCCUUUCCUUGUUACAAAAACAUUUGAUCCUGUUUGCAAUGUUAAAAAUAAUUUUAAUUAAUAUAAGAUUUUAUUUAAAUAAUCAUGAUACAAAUCUUUUAGCCAUUUAGUUAACUUUUCCUUAGUUAAAUGUAAACCUGUUUUAAAUCAUUUUGUCAUUACUCAAGAUCCAUAGAAACGCCACAUUUAAAAUAUCUUCUUAUGAGAGAGAUGGGAAAGGCCUUGCUAAUUCUGGUAUUUACUGCAUUAGUCACUAACCACCUUUAGCUUCUAACCAUUUCAAAUAUGGCUGGUCUGAUUUUACAUGUACUACAAUUGUGAAAAAUACUGUAGGUUAAUAUACUGUAGACAUGUUAAAAUAGUAAUAAAUGUAAAGAAUAAAGAUACAGUAUU